AUGCCCCCUAAGAAGGCCGCCGUCCAAGAAAAGGUCCUCCUGGGCCGUCCCGGAAACAACCUGAAAAGUGGUAUCGUCGGUCUUGCCAACGUCGGCAAGUCCACACUCUUCCAGGCUAUCACCAAGUCGGGCCUUGGUAACCCUGCCAACUUCCCAUAUGCCACCAUUGACCCUGAAGAGGCCAAGGUCAUCGUUCCUGACGAGCGAUUCGACUGGCUAUGCGAACACUACAAGCCGAAGUCGCGUGUUCCUGCCAACUUGACCAUCUACGAUAUUGCCGGUCUGACUCGCGGUGCCUCCACUGGUGCGGGUCUUGGUAACGCUUUCUUGUCUCACAUCCGAGCUGUCGAUGCCAUUUUCCAGGUCGUCCGAUGCUUCGACGAUGCUGAAAUCAUUCACGUCGAGGGUGAUGUCGACCCAGUCCGCGAUCUGACUAUCAUCAGCGAGGAGCUGCGGAUCAAGGAUAUUGAGUUUGUUGAGAAGGCUCUUGAUGCCCUUGGCAAGCAGACAAGACGUGGUGGACAGACUCUGGAGAUGAAGAAGCUGCGCGAAGAAGAGGCCACUGUUGCUAAGAUUCUUGAGUUCCUGAAGGAGGGCAAGAACGUCCGACACGGCGACUGGAGUCCUAAAGAGGUUGAGGUAAUCAACCCUCUCUUCCUUCUCACAGCCAAGCCUGUUGUGUUCUUGGUCAACCUGAGCGAGAAGGACUACAUUCGCCAGAAGAACAAGUACAUCCCCAAAUUAAUGGAGUGGAUUAAGACCAACUCCCCUGGAGAUUCCAUUCUGCCCAUCUCAGCUGCUUUUGAGGAGCGUCUUACUCAGUUUGAAACCGAGGCGGAGGCUGAAGAGGAGUGCAAGAAGCUUGGCACCAGAUCUGGUCUGCCCAAGGCCAUUGUACAAAUGCGCCAAGUCCUCAACUUGGCCAGUUUCUUCACUACUGGAGCUGACGAAGUCCGUCAGUGGACAAUCCGUAAGAACACCAAGGCCCCUGCUGCUGCCGGUGUUAUCCACGGAGAUUUCGAAAAGACUUUCAUCCAAGCCAUUGUCUACAACUACAAUGUCCUUAAGGAACUUGGUGAUGAAAGCCAGGUCAAGGCUGGAGGUAAGGUCAUGACCAAGGGUAAGGAUUAUGUCGUUGAAGAUGGAGAUAUCCUUCUCAUCAAGGCCGGUGCUGCCCGGGACAUCCCACCAAGCAACCGCUCAAAAGUCAAGUCCUCCGUGCAGCGCGGUCUCCGCCAAAAGCUCAUUGAGGCUCACCCACUAUGCGAACCAUACAUUGAGGAGAUCCUGCCCAAGAAGGCGCAGCUCGAUGCCGUGAAACUACCAGACAGAGUAACUCUCUACACAAUCGACUCGAUUCCCCUCUUCUACCAACCCCUCGACGGGCCCCCAAUCCCGCACCUGAAGCUCCUGCACAAGUUCCCGAACAUGCUGCCUACGAUCCAGAUCGACCGCGGCGCGAUCCGCUUUGUGCUCUCUGGCGCGACACUCAUGGCGCCGGGUCUGACGAGUCCCGGGGGCCGGUUACCGGAUGCGGAGAAUGCGCUGGAGAAGGGGACUGUUGUUGGUGUGAAGGCCGAAGGGAAGGAGGAGGUUUGUAUGGUUGGGACGUUGAAAGCGAGCACGGAGGACGUGAAGAGUAAAGGGAAGGGCGUUGUCAUUGAUGAUGGGCAUUAUUUGGGGGAUGGGCUGUGGAGUAUGCAGCUAGACUAG